AUGGAAAACUCCAGAAUUCUGACUUACGACGCAGAAACACGCAAACAGCGUGUUGUAGCGUCCCGCGAACAGCGGAUGCUCAAUAUCUUCAUGAUCAUGGCUGCAGGAUUUGCCCUGAUAUCGGACGGAUACCAGAACAAUGUAAUGUCGAUGCUCAACAAGGUGUUUCCCAAACAAUACGGCAAACACGUCUAUAGCGGAGAUGUGGCAACGCGUGUAUCCAACGCAUCGCUAGUGGGAACCAUUCUGGGCCAGGUUAUCAUCGGAGUGGCCUGUGACUACAUGGGACGCAAAUGGGCGAUUCUGGUGGCCACAACGCUGCUAGUAGUCGGGUCAGCGCUGUGCGCUGCGUCCCACGGAACCACACUGAACGGGAUGUUUUGGAUGUUGACCGUAAUGCGUGGAGUAACCGGGUUUGGCCUCGGUGCAGAGUAUCCCUGCUGUUCGGUGAGCGCCAACGAGGCUGCCAACGAACACAGCGAGAAAAGAAGAGGCGGAAUCAUGGUCUUGGUCACCAACCUGCCGCUUUCGCUGGGCGGACCCUUCGCCAACAUCGUUUUCCUCAUCGUGUACUCCAUUUGCGGGCCCCGCCAUCUACCAGCUCUGUGGAGAACCAUGUUUGCGCUUGGAUGUGUGUGGCCCCUCAGCGUGUUCUAUUUCCGCUGGAAAACCAGCACAAACACGCUCUACAAGAAGGGUCAAUUCAAGUCCCGCGUCCCGCUAUGGCUCGCCGCAAAAUACAGCUGGCGACCAUUGCUGGGCACCUGUUUUGUGUGGUUCUGCUACGAUUUCGUCGCUUUCAGCAACGGCUUGUUCAGUGCCACCAUCAUCGGUUCUGUCAUAAAGGACAGCAGCAACAUCAAGACCAUCGCAGAAUGGAAUUUACUGCUGGGAAUCAUCGCAGUACCCGGAGUUUUCGUUGGUGCUUAUCUGUGCGACCGUAUUGGGCGCAAGUACACGCUGAUGUUCGGAUUUGGUGGCUAUCUGGUCUUUGGACUAGUCAUCGGGUGCGCUUGGGAAAAAAUCCACAAGAUCACUGCUCUUUUCAUUGUCUUCUACGGGCUCAUGAACGGCCUGGCCAAUGCCGGGCCCGGGGACAUGCUGGGGCUCACCUCAAGUGAGAGUUUCCCCACUGCCAUCAGAGGAACGUGCUACGGGCUUUCUGCUGCCAUAGGUAAAGUCGGUGCCGUGGUGGGGGUGUACUGUUUCAACCCCAUUCAAAAAAACCUUGGCAUUCGCUGGGUUUUCAUUGUUGCUGCCAUUUGUGGUCUUGCAGGUAUCUUGGCCACCUGGCUUUUGAUCCCGCAUUUGAGAGAGAACGAUUUACUGGAGAGAGACAUCAAUUUCCACAACUAUUUGGUUGGCCAAGGCUGGACUGGUACCAUGGGUAUGGAUGUAGACUCCGACCUCGAAGCUAAGGCUACUUCCUCCGUUAGUGGCGGUGACUCUUCCGUCAAAGAAACGCUGGAGGUGGUCACUCGUGAGCUUACCGCUUGA